GUAAUUCUGGCACCAAAAACGGACAUCUGACAAUGUCGCCACACACUUCAUUUUCCAUUAUCAUUUGGUUCACAUUUGUCUUUGUGGCAGCCUUGUCAACAUCCGGUACUACCACCAGCGCAGUCUGCCACCAGGCCAACAACAGAAUACCUAAUAGAAUAUGGUACCCGUCAAGCUUGGCCUAUAAUGAGUCAUUGUCUUCAUACUUCUCGGCCCAAGAGGCUGAACUGCGGCCGCUCUGUAUAUUCAGUCCCGAAAAUGUGUCAGAACUCUCAAACUUUGUCAAGUUGAUUUCUAAAGACCAUGGUUAUGGACAAGCAGGCACUCAAGCACCGCAGUACGCUGUCCGCAGCGGCGGACAUACCCCAUGGGCCGGGGCGGCAAACAUUGAAGGCGGAAUCACGGUCGACCUGCGCAGCAUGGAUUCGGUUGUGCUGAGCCCGGAUCUGAAGAUGGCUUCACUUGGUGCUGGCAGCAUAUGGAGUGACAUCUAUUCGCACCUCGCACCCUUCAACCUCUCUGUGAUGGGUGGCAGGGUUGUCGGUGUUGGAGUUGGUGGGUUUCUGACAGGAGGAGGCAUAUCCAUACUGUCGCGCCAAAACGGGUGGGCCUGUGAUAACAUAUAUGGCUAUGAAGUUGUCCUGGCCAGUGGCGAGAUUGUUUAUGCUACCGCAAGCUCACACCCGGAUCUCUGGCUUUCCCUCAAAGGCGGCUCCAACAACUUCGGCAUCGUGACGCGCUUUGACGUGCCGACCUGGCCUCUGAGCAAGCUGUGGGGCGGUGCUCUGUCGUUCAAUUACACCCCAUCAAUUGUGGAUGCCCACAGUCAAGGCUUCAGCGACUUCAUGGAUCCCAUAAACUUCGAUGACGCAGCAUCCAUGUUUUUUGCUCUAUUCUAUGCGAGCACGGGCCGUACUCGCACUGUGCUCGACGUCCUUUUUUACGCACGGCCUGUCACAAAACCCACGAUAUUCGAUCCUUUCACUUCUAUCGAAACUCCAAAUUCCAACACAUUGCGCUUGGCCAGCGUGAGCGAUAUCGUCUCUGAACAACCCGGUUCCCUUCCACGUGAAGCAAAUUGGUGGGUUGCCUUUUCAGGACGGGAUCGGAGAGACAAAAUGCUGACCACGCGGAUCAGUGCAUUCUACACCACAUUUACAUUCAAGAACGCUGGAAAAUCCGUGUAUAACGAAUUGAUUGAGAUUUGGGAAGACAUCACAGACACUCUGGGCGAUGUCAAGUCCCUGAAUCUCGGCAUCUUGUUCCAACCUUUGCCUGUCACAAAUGGCACAAAUUCGCUUGGUCUUCCAGUGGGAGAGACUGACCUCGUACUCGCGGCUUUGACAAGCUCAUACGAAAGAAGAUCAGACGAUGACACCGUGCUGAAAGCGAUGCAGGCAAUACAAGCUGGAAUGGAAGUAGUCCUGCGAAAAGAAGGCCUUCUUGUCCCAUUCCAGUACCUCAACUACGCGUAUCAGACACAGGAUCCCAUUGGGAGCUAUGGGGCCACGUCCAAGGCCCGCCUUCAGAAAGUCAGCAGGAACAACUUGAAGCUGAGCCUGCAGGCUCGGCUUGGGCAUUGA